AUGUAUCAGGGGAAAUCGCCAGGUGGGCUUAAACAGCCUAUACAGUCUCCAUGUUCAUUUUACUACGACUACACCGAAGAAUUUGAGAGGGGAAUUGCAGGCAAAGUCGAACAUGGGCCUGUCGCUUAUCCUCCUCAAGGAACAUCACUCGACUUAUUCAGGGACCAUGCCAUGAAGGAUGCAAGUAUAGACACUGGCUACCAAGGCAAGGAUAGAAAGAACCAUGAGCGGCUGACUGGUCCUGACUGUGAAGAUGAUUGGUAUUGGGGUAGCCCGGGGGAUGAUAAAGCCCCGGUGGACAAUCCAUUUGCUCAGCAUAUUUCUCAUAUCUCUAAAGAGAUGCUGACUCCAUGGCUCGAGAAAACAACGUCACUGGAAAAAGAAGAAGACGCGGUAAUCAAUGUGCCACCUUAUAUGGGCCAUAAUCGUCGGAAUGCCGAUAUACAUGCUGCGGCCCAGGACGAUGGGAAUAAACAAUGUGAAGCCGAACAGAACGUACAGGCAACGGCAAGUGCAAAGAUUUUGGCGCCCAACCCGAUAUCACCUACACAUCAGCUGAGGGUGACGAACAGCAUACCUCAAUUAAUGAAGGCGUUGCCACCACUGCCAUUUGAGGCACAAUAUGACGUUUCCGAGCCUUGCGAGGUUCCUUCUACAGAUACUAAAGCCCUCACUAAGUCGCGAAUGGCUCUCCAGCCAGCAAGUGGUACCAGCGAGCUUUUCGCAGAACCGGUGUUUUUUGGCAGCAGUUCCAGGACCUCGUCCCUUCAACAGAUUCAGACUCAAACUCCGUUAAAUCAUUCACGAUUCAAGGUUCGAGUGAAGUCGUCUCAAUCAAGUGGGCUUCACAACAGAUGGGUUUCCGAGUCUCCUGGCAAUCCAGGAAGAAGCUCGAGCAGCCCCGUUAAGCCCAAACUUAAGCUCAAAGUAUCUCGCAACCGUAUGAGCAGCAAGCUAAUGGGUCCUAAUGAUCCCCAAGUACGCAAUGACGGGCCUCGGCAGUACAACUCAACCUCGGAAUUGAGAGACAUGCCUCCGCGAGAAGUAUCUCCCGACGGGUCCAGCCUUGAGGAACAACUAACUCAACACGGUGCUGACAAACGCCUUUCCAACAUUGAUGAAGGUACUACACGAGGCCAUUCGACGCAGGUAUCGGACCAGUUCGACAUUCCGUAUCCGCCCUCAGCUCAAGAGAUUGUAAUGACUGAGCCAGUAUCUCAAUCAAGGGCACAAGACGUCCAAUCCUCAGCCCACGAGUACGACAAAAGCAAAAGGGAGGAACCCAAGGGCUACGCCCAAUACUUUUGA